AUGGCUGCUCCAAACGGAACCACCGGCAAUGACUUCACUGUCAAGGCCGGUCUCGCCCAGAUGCUGAAGGGUGGCGUUAUUAUGGAUGUCGUGAACGCCGAGCAGGCUCGCAUCGCUGAAGAAGCCGGUGCCGCUGCUGUCAUGGCCCUCGAGCGUGUCCCCGCUGAUAUCCGCGUUGAGGGUGGCGUCGCCCGCAUGUCCGACCCCGGCAUGAUCAAGGAGAUUAUGGAAGCCGUGACCAUCCCCGUCAUGGCUAAGGCCCGUAUCGGACACUUCGUUGAAUGCCAGAUCCUGGAGGCCAUUGGUGUUGACUACAUCGACGAAUCCGAGGUCCUCACUCCCGCCGACGAUGUCUACCACGUCACCAAGCACGGCUACAAGGUUCCCUUCGUCUGUGGCUGCCGCAACCUCGGCGAGGCCCUGCGCCGUAUCUCCGAAGGCGCCGCUAUGAUCCGUACUAAGGGUGAGGCUGGUACCGGUGAUGUCGUCGAGGCCGUUAAGCACAUGCGUACCGUCAAUGCGCAGAUCGCCCGUGCCCGUGGUAUCCUCCUCGCUAGCCAGGACCCCGAGCCUGAGCUGCGCGCGUUCGCUCGUGAGAUCGAGGCUCCUUACGAGCUUGUUCAACAGGCUGCUGAGCUCGGCCGUCUGCCUGUUGUUAACUUCGCUGCUGGCGGUGUUGCUACCCCUGCCGAUGCGGCGCUCAUGAUGCAGCUGGGCUGCGAUGGCGUCUUCGUUGGCUCUGGUAUUUUCAAGUCCGGUGACGCUAAGAAGCGUGCCCGUGCUAUUGUCCAGGCUGUUACUCACUUCAAGGACCCUAAGAUGCUUGCUGAGGUUAGCGAGGGUCUUGGUGAGGCUAUGGUCGGUAUCAACGUGAAGCAGUUGCCCGAGGCUGAUAAGUUGGCUGGCCGUGGUUGGUAG